AUGGCAUUUGCUCUUCAUCAAGAGAUGUUCUCGUCAUCAAAGAAACCUAGGUUUAACCUAGACUUAUCAGUCCAUGAGAUAUCUAAUAUACCGCAGGUAAACGGCUAUUGCUACAUUGAUGUUCAAGUAAAGGACGGUAAAAGAAAAAGACCUCACCUUUCGCUUAAGAGUUCUUCAAAUCAAAGCGGCAAUUCAACUUCAUCAUUAGAUAAGUUCGAAGGGCCAUAUUCGUCCAGUGAUGUGUCUGCAUCGACAUCUAUGAAAAAGAUUCAUAAUUUUAAGUGUAAAUUUAAUUUUAACAUGAAUUGCAAUUUAAAAUUCUCAGUCAAGAAGAAGGAUAAUCGAAUUUCCAGCAAAUAUUUGCUUAUGAAGGUGUACUAUGUAAGCGAAGAAGACGUAAAACAUAAAGAGCAUGAAAUGAUUGUGUCACAUCGGGGACAUAAAAUAGAAUUGGGUAGACUAGAGCUCAAUUUAUCGGAAUACAUAAACGUUGAGGAGCCAUUUACUUCGAAAUAUCUAAUGAGCAACUCUAAAGUUAAUUCAAUUUUGAAUUUAACUGUUUUCUUAAGUGAAUUGCCAGAUAACUUAGACUUCCACACUCAGUUACAAAUCAAUGACGAGGGAGGGCAUACUCCCACGUCCAGCUCUUUGAAUAGAUCCAAUUCAAAGUUACAAAAUAGAAUAAACUCGAGCAAAAAUACGAAAUAUAAUGCGCCAAAUUUAGAGCGGACUAAAAUCUUCGGGGGUCUUAACGAUGUUAUAAAGUCAUCCGAUGCUUCGCCACUGGCCAAUCUGUCUGUAUCAUCUUUACCAAGUGAUGAUUCUGAUAAGCAAUUACAAGUAGAACAGAAACAUUGUCCUAUAUCAAGCAUGUUUGAUAACAAAUCUACCACUUCUAAACCACGUUCUAGUGGCGAACAUGGAACUAAUGUAAUUAGCUCCACUAAUUUAGUUAAUGGGGCUAGGAGUGCUAAUGUCAUGAUGGAUCCAAUAGUGAGUAAUUUGUACAAGAAGAUCCUUGAGUCUACCUGGGAUCCGGAAUUGCAGGAUUUAUUACAAUUUACACCUGAGGAAUGCAUUAGUGAUAUAUUUGAUAAUGAUGGAGAUGGAUGGAGCAAAGCUGUUUCUCAGAAUUACAACAACUGGUCGGAUGAUAAUAAUGAUGAUGACAGUAUAAGAAAUAUCAAUGGUUUAAUUAAUGAGGCCACUUUCAGAGAAGAUUUACGGAGUUGGACUAUAAGUGACAUUCGUCCUUGA